CAGAUGGUGAUCAAACAGCAGAGAUAACAAUCUGACCUUAGCUGAGAUUUUCAACCUGCUGCUGCUCCCUAACACCAACAAACUCACCUCAGGAUGGCUCGUCUUGCUCUGUCUGCGAUUGUGAUGAUGAUGGCCUUCAUCGCUCUCACUGAAGGCCUGCGUGGAGUUGGCCCAAAGAAGUGCUGCUUCAAGUUCAAUGACAAGCCGGUGUCAAAAGAUAAAGUUGUGAGCUACAUCAGAACCAGUCAGCGCUGCUCCAACCCUGCCAUCUUGCUGAAUACAGUGGCCGGCCGUCAGAUGUGUGUCAGACCUUCAGCCUCCUGGGUGAAGGACCUCAUCAGCUACCUGGAGACCAAAGAUGUUUCUGGUGCAAACACCAACCUGUAAACCUGACAAUAAUAUGCCAACACUCCAGCUUACAUAAAUAUGUAGGUUGUGAUGCUACAGUUUCUUACUGAAUACAGUAGCUCUCUUUCCAUGAAAUUUAUCAAAUAUUCUAAUAUUUUAUGGUAUAUUACCAAGAUGAGAUGAAGGAGAAUCAAUUUUUUUUCAUAUAAAUGAAAUAUGUUUUUAUUAUGGUUGUUAUGGAAGAACAAGAGUAUUUUUGUUAAAUUCAACACUUUAAGUUCAACCAUCAACACUGUAAGUUUUGAUUGUAGUUUGAACUAACCAGAUAAAGUAUCUAUUGUAAAAGACAAAUGUCUUCCAAAUAAACAAAGUGUCAUCUUUAUUAAAUAA